GCCUGGAGCUGCCGCGGGCGGGCGGGCGCUGCUUCAGCGGGCCGCGCAGCGGACAUGGCGGGCUCUCGGCUUCCGCGGCAGCUCUUCCUCCAGGGUGUGGCGGCCGUCUUCAUGUUCGCCUUCGCUUCCCUCUACACGCAGAUCCCAGGCCUGUACGGUCCCGAGGGCAUCCUGCCUGCAAGGAGGAUGCUGCGGCCGCAGGGCAAGGGGCGCUGGCAGCAGCUGUGGGAGACCCCGACACUGCUGUGGGAAGCGCCGAGACUGGGGCUGGACACGGCCCAGGGCCUGGAGCUGCUGAGCCUGCUGGGUGCACUGCUGGCCCUGGGGGCCCUGCUGCUGAGCCCACUGCGCCACCCCGCUGUCUUCCUGCUGCUUUGGGCUGCCUACUUGUCGGCCUGCCAGGUGGGCCAGGUGUUCCUUUAUUUCCAGUGGGACUCCCUGCUGCUGGAGACUGGCUUCCUGGCAGUGCUGGUGGCCCCACUGAGGCCAGCCUUCCACCGAAAGCAGGCCCCCCAGCGUGGGCAGGCAGGGGCCCUGCCCCAUGAAGGCCUCCCCUUCUGGCUGGUGCGCUGGCUGCUGUUCCGCCUCAUGUUCGCCUCAGGCGUGGUCAAGCUUACCAGCCGCUGCCCGGCGUGGUGGGGGCUCACUGCCCUCACCUACCACUACGAGACCCAGUGCCUGCCCACACCUGCCGCCUGGUUCGCACAUCACCUGCCCGUCUGGCUGCACAAACUCAGCGUGGUGGCCACCUUCCUCAUCGAGAUUGCUGUGCCGCCCCUGUUCUUUGCCCCCAUUCGACGCCUGCGCUUGGCCGCCUUCUACUCGCAGGUGCUGCUGCAGGUGCUGAUUAUCAUUACCGGUAACUACAACUUCUUCAACCUGAUGACCCUGGUGCUCACCACUGCCCUUCUGGACGACCAGCAUCUGGCUGCAGAGCCUGGCCAUAGCAGCCGCAAGAAGACAGCCAUGUCCCGGCCCAAGGCCCUGCUGGCCACACUGUCGCUGCUGCUGGAACUAGCCAUCUACGGGUUUCUGGCCUAUGGCACCGUGCACUACUUUGGCCUGGAGGUUGACUGGCAACAGCGCACUGUCCACUCCAGAACCACUUUCACCUUCCACCAGUUCUCUCAGUGGCUGAAGACACUGACGCUGCCCACCGUGUGGCUGGGUGUAGCCUCCCUGGCCUGGGAGCUGCUGAGUGCCCUCUGGAGGUGGACCCAGGUGCGGGGCUGGCUGCGGAAGCUCAGUGCUGCAGUCCAACUGUCCCUCGUGGGCACUGCCACCGUGGCCUUGUUCCUGAUCAGCCUGGUGCCGUACUCCUACGUGGAACCGGGGACCCACGGGCGCCUUUGGACUGGGGCCCACCGUCUAUUUGGCACCGUGGAGCACCUGCAGCUGGCCAACUCCUACGGCCUCUUCCGCCGUAUGACCGGGCUUGGUGGGCGGCCCGAGGUGGUGCUGGAGGGCAGCUACGAUGGCCACCACUGGACGGAGAUCGAGUUCAUGUACAAGCCUGGGAACCUGAGCCGGCCACCCCCAGUCGUGGUGCCCCACCAACCUCGCCUGGACUGGCAAAUGUGGUUUGCAGCCCUGGGCCCGCACACACACAGCCCAUGGUUCACAAGCCUGGUCCUGCGCCUGCUGCAGGGCAAGGAGCCAGUGAUCCGCCUCGUCCAGAGCCAAGUGGCCAGGUAUCCCUUCCACAAGCAGCCACCCACCUACCUCCGAGCCCAGCGCUACAAGUACUGGUUCUCUCAGCCUGGGGAGCAGGGCCAGUGGUGGCGGCGCCAGUGGGUGGAGGAGUUCUUCCCACCCGUAUCCCUGGGGGACCCAGUGCUGGAGACGCUGCUCAGGCAAUUUGGGCUGCAGGACAAGAACCCACCCCGGGCCCGUGGCGCCAACAGCACCCUGGCCCAGGCCCUCCACUGGACACGUACUCAGCUGUCUCCCUUGGAGGCCCCUUCCCUGCUCUGGGGGCUCCUCAUGGCUGUGGGGGCUGUCAGAGUUGUGCAGGCCCUGCUAGCACCCUGGUCUCUCCGGUCCUCCCCCUCGGCAGUAGCCAUCGGGCAGAAGCACAGGCCAGCCCCCCAGAAAGACUCUGGAGCUACCUCUGAACAGGCCACCCCUGCCCCCAGCCCCUGCAGCAGCAGUUCUCGGACCACCCGGCGGAAGAAGUAGCUGUGUCCUGAGAGGGCCGGAUCCCCAGGACUGUUCUGGCCUCCAGCAGGACAGGACCCUGCCACCGUGCCUUAGCUGACCCCACAGGGCCAGGCAUAGGUUUGGGGGACUGCCCCUGGGGUUUGUGGGGUGCCGUGUUGAGGGCUUUGGGCCCCCCAAUGCCAACUACGCCCCUCCCCAGUACUCCUAUUACUGCCUCCAUGAUUGGCCCAGGAAGGGGACACAUAACCCAGCUCAAGACCCUUCCCCUGCCCUGGGCUGUGAGUCGGAGGAAGAGGCUGACUCACAGGGGAAGAGGGGAAGCACCGUCAUCUUCAUCAUCAUUUCCACACCAGCCCAUCCUACUCUUUAGAUCUGGGCACCAAUAAAGGUAUCUUUUGUGCUUGGCUA